AUAAGGAGGGAAAGCUGUGCACUGUGUAGUAGGAGAAAGAGAGAGAGAGAGAAAGAGAAAGAAAGAGAGGACAGAGAGACAGACAGAUUAAGGCUGACUUCAAACAACUGUUAAGGGUCAAACUUUGGGUCGCAAAGAUGCAAGGAAUUGUUUUGAUCUCCAUGGCGAUGUGCUUGGUCCCAAGUCUCGGUUGGGCACAAACUCCGAAGCCUUGUAUGUAUCCAGAUCUCUUUACUGGAGGGGUAACAGUGGCAACCCAAGAUGAAAAGAUUUUUGUUGUUGGGAGAUACGCUUACGAUGCCAUAAACCUGCGUAUCCACUUGGGAGAAACAGGAACUGUCGAUCACAAGAACUACACCUACGAGGCCCUGAUGCUCUACAAUGAGGGUGUCAUGUACGUGAUCCACCGCAACAACCAAACCUGUGAGAAGUCGGCCCUGUCACCUUCUAGCUUCGUACGCUUGGGGGUCCCCUCAGAAGCGUCGUUCAUGACUCAGGUGGCACUGGGAACACUAGCUUAUCCCCAACAGGGGUUGGUGGUCAAUGUCUGGACGGGAAAAAAUUCUCACGGCAACUAUCUGAUGUCCUUCACUGAUGUCGACUGUCUGCCUGUAUCUGGUUUCUACAAACAGAAGGGAGAAAUGAUGAGUGUGAGUUACUACGACAACGUGCUUGGGGUGAAAGACCCUGAUGAGUUCGUGCCGCCGCCAUUUUGCCAGAGUGCCAAGCUGAAGGUGAACGGGGAUGGAGAAAAGAGGGCUCACUUCUUCAGCGUCUUUCAGUGAGAGGAGAAAGAACGGAGAGAUAUCACAUGCUUGUUCCCAGUGUCUGAUUAUUAUUUUUUUAAAAGAUUUUUAAAAGAUUGUUAUUAUUAUUAUUUUUUUUUUGUCUUGCCUGGUUUCUUUUUAAAGACAGGCCACUUCACACGAUUCUGCAGUUAAAUUGAAAACUCAUCGGGUUAUUCAAGCAAACAUUACAAAUGUAUGCUGAAAGCUAGACUGUUUAGCUUUAGUAGGCCAUCUACUGUGUUGUGUUCUAUUUUAUGAAAAACACAGACACAUCUCCUGAGGUCAUAAUAGAUAUACCACUUAUUCGUUGCCUUCAACACACAACAGGUUUAAAAUAAAUAAAUGGAUAAAUAAACAAUGUGCAUGGUUCCUUUUCUAGAUACGUCCAUUUUGUCUCGAUAGUUUGUAAGAAAUCAAAAUAAAUGUCAUACUAAAUCUC